AUGCCUCCGUCAACAAUCCCUCCCUUCCUCCUUCCCCGCGGAAUUCCAACCUCCCGAACCCUCCUCGCCCUCUCAACCCGCCGCACCCCCAACGCCGCGACGAGGCUACAGCAAAUUCCGGGCCGCUGCGCAUCUUCAACCCCAAGAGGCAAUGGCAAGCAACGCACCCUCGAGCAGCCCGACAAGUUCCGACCGCCCUCGCACCCCGCGCGCCGCGUCGUGCAAACCCGCAACGGCAGAGUCGUCAACUACCCGGGUCCCAAGCUGAGCGAGAAGGAAGAGGCCGAGCGCAAGACGCGGCAGUACCCGAAUAUGUUCCCGCCCGAGGGGACCGUCAUGUUUAAGUUUUUGACGAAUCGAUGGAUUCAUAUCUGGAUUGCGAUGGGCGUCCUAACAACCCUCGCUACAUUCACCUUCACGACAAACUUCAAAGCAUCAAGUCCCUUCGCGCACCUACUCCCCUCCUGGAGCGAUCUGCUCUCGCAUCCGAUCAACACGAUCUCGCAGGUGCUCUCGGUAUACCGCAUGCACGUGCAGCAUACGUCCAUGGAGACGCGGGAGAAGAGACACCGGCGUGUUGAGGAUGCGGAGAAGAGGAGGCAGUUCCGCGUUGCGCAUGGGCUCGAGGAGCCCUCGGAGGCGGAUCUCAAGGGGACGGGGGAGAAGAGUGAGGACGGGGUGGAGGGUGCUGUGGAUGAUCAGUCGCCUGUUGCUGCCGAGGUUCAGGCGCAGGAGUAUGUGGAUUGGGAGGGGAAGAAGAGACCUGUUAAGAAGUGGUUGGGCAUUUGGUAG